AUGGGGGACCGCAGGCGGCGGCUCCAGCCGGGGACGUUGGCCCCGGUGCGCGAGGGCGUGAACUGCAGGUCCGGAUGUUUCACAAAGCACAAGAAUGCGCUGAAGUUCCCCACUUCCCUGAACAGCCGGCAGCUGGUAUUUCUAAGAAAGAGGCUGGAUGACUUCAGGAAGGGCUGCCCGUCUUGCACUGGUCUGGUGACUCAGGUCCCUGUGGAGGGCUUUCUGCCCCAGAUUUAUCACAGAGCUCCCCAAUUGGCCCCAAAGAAGAGACAGAUCAAGCUGCCCAAGGAAGCAGACCUGCUUUCCAAGCUCUCGCCAGCCCAGCAGGCUCGGAAGGCAUUUCUAGAGGACGUGGAGGCCCACCUGACCCCACAUCCCUUGGCGCUCUACCCGAAUCUGGAAGAAGCUAUGCCUGUCGAGCUGUUAUUAAAGGUGCUGGAAGUGCUAGAUCCUGACCGGAAGCUGGAGGACACAUGGGCUUAUUGUCAGGACACCAGGAAAGGAAUGAAAGAACCCACAAAGCUUUUUAAAAAACAUUCUACCCAAGUCUGCCUGCGACCUUCCAAGAAGACUUCUGUGUCAAAUGCAAGCCAAUGGCUUUAUGAAGAAAAGCCACAUAAAAUGGAUUUGCUCCAUGAAAACGGUCCUCGUCCUGGUCUUCAGGAAAAUGGAAUUUCAGACAUUGAUGAAGAGUUCAUCUUGAAACAGUUUGACAUUGACUAUGAGACCAAACCAAGCCAUGGUGUGCUCCACACGAUGAAGCCAAAUCAGGUUGCUCUGGAGCUAAAGCGUAGUGUGGGGCUCAGUAAACUGCAGGAGCCGAAGUUCUUCCAGAAACCAGGCUAUGAGAGGAAACUCCAGAAACCACAGAAUCCUUGUAAGCCAAAGUGGGUGAAGAUGAGGUAUGGAGCGUGGUAUUUGAACCCCAAGUUGUGGAAAAAGCAAAGAGCAGACGAGCCUCUGGUUGACCCUGAAGUCUCACAUAAAGCUCAAGAGGAGAAUUUUAAAAAGGAACUGCAGGAACAGGAGGAGUUACUUGCAGACCUUCACGGAACAGUUGCCUUUAAGGAUUUCAUUCUAAGCAGGGGCUACAGGAUGCCACGUUUCCUUGAGAAUAUGUAUAUUGGGAAGGAAUGUAAACGUGCAUGUAAUAAGACUCCUAUAAAAUGA